CUUGUGCCCGCGGGAGCGACAGCGCCACUUUCUGCUGGGAAAGCCGUGGUGUCAGCCGAGGAGAGCGUUAAAUCCAGGACUCUAGACCAACCCCCUUCUAUUUAUUAUUAUAUUUUUUUUUUUCCGACGACUUUUCAUGCUGGUUUUAAGGGGAUUAAAUCUGAUGCAAUCAAGGGGUCUAAGAAUAGCAUCGUCCACGUUCCCCGGCAUGUGCGAAGGGCUCAGAACGGCUUUUGCGGGUGUUCUGGCACAGGGGCAGCUGUGGCGGUGCUGCUUGGGCACCUGGUGUCCCCCCGGUUCAUGCCGUGGGACUCGCAUGUCGCCGAAGCCCCUUGACACUGGUGGGAGCAGAACUGGCAAAGUCUGAUCGGGGAGAGGCUGGGAACGCACAGCUCGAAUUUAAAUUGGUCUUGAAGCAUAGGGUGAAGGUUUCUCUUCACGGUGCAUGGACGGAAAGCCAAUGCGCAGGUGUACCAGCACUCGACCAGGAGAGACCGGAAUGGACGUGACCAGCCGUUGCACACUUGGAGAUCCCAACAAACUGCCAGAAGGCGUGCCACAGCCUGCUCGCAUGCCCUACAUCUCCGACAAGCACCCUCGACAGACUUUAGAAGUCAUCAAUCUUCUCCGGAAGCACCGGGAGUUAUGCGAUGUGGUCCUAGUAGUCGGCGCGAAGAAGAUCUAUGCCCACAGGGUGAUUCUGUCGGCCUGCAGCCCUUACUUCCGAGCCAUGUUCACCGGGGAGCUGGCAGAGAGCCGGCAGACAGAAGUUGUCAUCAGAGACAUCGACGAAAGGGCCAUGGAGCUGCUGAUUGACUUUGCGUACACAUCUCAGAUCACCGUGGAAGAGGGGAAUGUCCAGACCUUGUUGCCAGCUGCUUGCCUUCUCCAGCUGGCCGAGAUCCAGGAGGCCUGCUGCGAGUUCCUUAAGAGACAGUUGGACCCUUCCAAUUGCCUGGGCAUCCGAGCUUUUGCUGACACUCACUCGUGCCGGGAGCUGCUGAGGAUCGCUGACAAGUUCACACAGCACAACUUCCAGGAGGUAAUGGAGAGCGAGGAGUUCAUGCUGCUCCCUGCCAACCAGCUCAUAGACAUCAUAUCCAGUGAUGAGUUAAACGUUCGCAGCGAAGAGCAGGUGUUCAACGCGGUGAUGGCCUGGGUGAAAUACAGCAUUCAGGAGAGAAGACCCCAGCUGCCGCAGGUCCUGCAGCAUGUCCGUCUACCGCUGCUGAGUCCCAAGUUUCUUGUGGGUACAGUGGGUUCUGACCCACUUAUUAAGAGCGAUGAGGAAUGCCGGGAUCUAGUGGAUGAAGCUAAAAACUAUCUGCUGUUGCCCCAAGAGCGGCCGCUGAUGCAAGGGCCAAGAACUAGACCACGCAAACCCAUCCGCUGUGGAGAAGUGCUAUUUGCAGUGGGGGGCUGGUGUAGCGGGGAUGCAAUCUCCAGUGUCGAGCGCUACGACCCUCAAACCAACGAGUGGCGGAUGGUGGCUUCCAUGAGCAAAAGACGCUGUGGUGUUGGAGUCAGUGUUCUGGAUGAUCUCCUCUACGCUGUGGGGGGCCACGAUGGUUCCUCUUACCUUAACAGUGUAGAAAGGUAUGAUCCGAAAACCAAUCAGUGGAGCAGUGAUGUGGCCCCCACAAGCACCUGCAGGACCAGUGUUGGAGUAGCAGUUCUUGGGGGCUACCUCUAUGCUGUGGGUGGCCAGGAUGGUGUCUCAUGUCUCAACAUUGUGGAAAGAUAUGAUCCCAAAGAAAACAAAUGGACUCGUGUGGCUUCCAUGAGCACCAGGCGCUUGGGAGUUGCAGUGGCUGUGCUAGGGGGCUUCCUUUAUGCAGUGGGAGGCUCUGAUGGGACUUCUCCUCUCAAUACUGUGGAACGCUACAACCCCCAGGAGAACCGCUGGCACACGAUUGCACCCAUGGGGACGAGGAGGAAGCACCUGGGCUGCGCGGUGUACCAAGACAUGAUAUAUGCUGUGGGAGGCAGAGAUGAUACGACAGAGCUCAGUAGCGCUGAGAGAUACAACCCUCGAACCAACCAGUGGUCUCCUGUCGUGGCCAUGACAUCCCGCCGGAGCGGAGUUGGCCUCGCAGUGGUGAAUGGGCAGCUGAUGGCAGUGGGAGGCUUUGAUGGUACAACGUACUUGAAGACCAUCGAGGUGUUUGAUCCAGAUGCUAACACAUGGAGGUUGUACGGUGGGAUGAACUAUCGGCGACUGGGAGGAGGAGUAGGUGUUAUCAAAAUGACACACUGUGAAUCUCAUAUAUGCUGCGGUAUGAACGGUCUAGACCCAAUGUAACUCUUUGCCGGUGACUCUUUCUAUGGAAUUAUAAAAAUGACUUCUGUGAGAGUGUGCCCAAUGAGAGACCACGUUGUCAGACCCCAGGGAACCACUGGACAAAAGUAGAAGUGUGGCUUAUGUCCGUAUUUUUUCUAAAUAGUUGACAUUUUUUGAAUAAACCAAACUGUAAAAAUUACUGUAGCAUAAACAAUGCUGACGUAGAGACCACGUUCUAUACUGGGAGUCUGGCAAGGAGGAGGGUUUCCUGCUUUUCUUCCAGCUGUGUGAGCAGUGGAUGUGGCGAAAGAGGAAAGAGAUACAGAAAACAUUGCUUUUGCCUUAUUUACGGGGAGCUUCUAAAAAGUACUUGACCUGCAAGGUGCCACCUUUGCACAGGAGCUUUUCUGUGCGCAGAGUAUAUUUAUUUUUUCAUUUAAUUUGUAUCAUGUAUUUUCUUUGUAUUGCUCACAGCGAUAAUUCCAGCUUUUUAUAUACGUAUGUAUGUGUGCACAUAUAUGUGUAUUAUAUAUAUAUGUAUAUGUGCAUGUGCGAUGUGAGUUUUGACAAGUUGGUGGGUAGGGCAGCGGUAUGUCCUGCCAGCUGUUGUGGUUCCAACCCUUGUGGUAUGUUUUAGGGUCUCUCAGAGUACAGGUUGGGUGCCCUGAAUAUCUUUUCAGUCUUGCUGGAGGCAAGAAGUAGAACUGGAACUCUCAUCUAUCGACUGAAUCAGUGAGGUGCCCCAAAAAGGGUGAGAGUGAAAAGGAUUUCAAAUUAUUCAAGUGUAUGGUACAAAAGUUCAGCUUCCAUCUCUUCCUUCCCCCGUGUAUCAACCUAGAAACAACUAGUUGUUGCUUACUUCAAAAAACCUUUCUUUCACGGUGCCUGCUAGGUAUCAGUUCUUGUCUGAAGAGGGGACGUGGGUAUCGUCUGUUAAUUCUGACUAGUCUAAAUCAAAGCUCCUCAGGUUCUUGCUUGAUCGGCAGACCCGCAGUCAGCCCCUGCUCAACAAAGCUUUGACCAGCAUCACCUCAGCUGCCCUCUGGUCUGUGUCUUUAGAAUUCCUCUUGUGAAACGCUGACUGUGACGAGAUGGUACCUUCCCUUUUAGUGAUCUUUUUAUGCACUUUGCCUCUGUGUGUGUAGAGGAGGGAAAGGUAUAAGGCUGAUUCAAGAGUUUGGAGGGGAGGGACUGUUUGGCACUGUGAGUAACUGUCAUGUUUCAGUGACUCUGGAGGCACCCAGGGGUAGGGGGAGAGGAAAGAACAACUCUAGACUCAAAGGUUUCAAUAUGUUUUUACUGUAAUUUCUAUCUAGAAUGACUUUUUGCACCUGAUCCAACUUUGGACCUUACUAAAUCUGAUUAUAAAAGAGCAAGCGGACUGCAAAUUCUUGAGAUGAAAAAGGCAGUGCUGACAUCUUAAGUUCAUUGAUUUCACACUUUGAUUCAUGUAACUCAGCAUUUUAAUGUGCUUGGAUAUAGUAACAAUUACACUACAGUAAUAAAUGGGUCAUUAAAACUUUUUUUAAAGCCCCUUUUCCCCUGAAGAUCGAUAUUCUUGUGUUUACAUAUGAAGAUCAUUUGCACCUUUACAAGGAAAACAAGUAUUCUGUAAACAGAUGUUUACAUGUAUCAUUUAUGCUUUUUUCUAGCAUGAGUAACUUGUAUAAAUAGUGCUAUCUUAAUAAAUUUCUUUUAUGCUGUU